AUGGCCGAAUUGAAACUACGGCGUUUAAAUGAGCUCAACAUAAGGUUGAAGGAAGACUUAGAACGACCGCGAGUUAAAGUAUCUGAGGCUGCCAUGUCACUCAUCAACUAUUGCAAUAAUACGAGAGAUUUCAUGGUGCCUUCUGUGUGGGGUCAGAUUGACAAACGCGAAGACCCAUAUGCGCCCCAACAGUCAGGUGGAUGCUGUAUGAUCAUGUAA